CUCGGACGCUGUCAACCGGGACAUCCGGAUACGGCGGACUGGGCCUGGCGGCUUGGAUUCGCUGGCGACGGUGCGGGAUACAAAGCGCAAGAUAAAACUUUCAAAAGGCGCUGAUUUAUCGAAGGAAUUCGAUAUUGCCGGCCGCAGCUCAUCUCGUUGAAGACGCGCUGGCCGCGCGUGGACGUCAGGAUUGCGCUCUACCUCAAGAAGAAGCAGGACACGUGGUGUCUCGAGGUCGCCGACAAGCCGCGGAAGCCUCCGAUGCACACGUUCGUCGACGAGUCGGACGAGAGCUCGAGCAGCGACAACGCGGCCGAGCGCCAGCCAUCGCGCGUGGACCGCCAGCACACACAGGUAGCGACAAAGACAAGAAACGGCAAGGCGCCGGUGCGCCCGCGCAGCGCCAGCGCGUCGACCGCCGUUCGCCAGACGCCACGCGCUGUGGCCACGCCGGCCGCGCGAUCGAGCCACAGCAUGGGACACCGACCCUCGCGCUGCGACCAGACGAUCAUCGACUUGACGGGCGCAGACGACGUCGAGAUGCAGGCCGAGACGCCGUCGAGCGGGGUGAAAAACACGUCCGAUCUCGCGAUCGCGCCGGUUCAAGUCGUCAAGCGGCGCAAGACACAACAGCACCUGAAGACCGCUUUGGGUACCUCCCGACGAUCGACGAGCGUAGUACGACGCACCGCGCUGCCGCCAUCGUAUGCCGCCGUUCUCCUCUUGCAUUCAAGGGGCUACCAGCCGACGCCGUCCUCGGCCAUCACGCACAUUGUCGAUCUGUGUCUGAGCUAUCUCGGCGACGCAAUGCGCGUCGGCGCCGGGGCCAAGCUAUGGAAGCAGCUCGCGAACGCCGACAAUGCCCACAAAGUCCAUGGUCAGCGCCUCGUGCAUACGUGGCGCACGCUCCAAGCGUCAUCAUCGUCCGUCUCAAUACCAUCGUCGGCAUCUGCACCCGUGGUCUCGACCGUCGGCAACGUUGGCUUGUGGCGCAUGCCCACCAACAUGGCCGAGUGUAUAUUUCUCGACAAGAUGCGACAGACCUUUCAGCCGUCGACGAUUCGGCGCAAGCCAAGGCGCAAGCAGCCGCGGUAUACGAUCCAAGGCCACCACAUGAAGGAGUUCAAGCCCCGGAAGCGCGCACGCACCGAACCGACGCCCAAAGCCGUCGUCGCCGUUGCCGUCGCACCGACACCGCCACCGACUGCCGUCGUUGAAGACGCAACGGACGUCGUCUGUACCCACGCGCACGUCUCGGGGUCCAACCCGAGUCUGCCCGACGGCUGGACGUACGCGCCGCUCCCAACGCCGCUCACGCGCGUCCAGCCGCUGGCCAACUUGAGUCGCGACCAGAUUGCCCUCCACGUCGAGACGUUGCGCUGCGACAGCCGGCUCACGCGGUUUCGGCGCCUCGUGCCCCUGCUCACUCGGCUCAUGGAGCACGCGCGUAACACCAAAGGCCUCUUCAACGCGCCGGUCGACCCCGUUGCGCUCGACCUGCCAACGUACAACGACAUCAUUGCCCGGCCGAUGGACCUCGGCACGAUCAAGAAGACGCUCGAUGCGGGCAAGUACGUCUCACUCGACGCCUUUGCGGCCGACGUCCGGCUCGUCUUUGAGAACGCGAUGCUCUUCAACGGCAAGGACCACUGGGUCCACGGGAACGCCAAGCUCUUACGCCAGUGUUUUGACGAUCUCUGGGUCGCCGAGCUCGUCAAAGCCGGUGCGGACGGCGAGAAGGCCGCGGCGCACGCAUGCAGCGUCUGCGCCGGGCACACGUGCGCGCUCUGUGACGACGGCUGCCUCGAGCUGACGCUGCCGCACUACCAGUGCUUUGGCAACUGUGGCACGGUCUUUCGGAAGGGCAUGAGCUACUACGUCACGCGGGACGGCACGCGCAUGUGGUGCAUGAAGUGCCGAAACCGCGGCAUGAAGGAAGAGAAAACCAAGCGCGAUGAAGACGAGGGUGGUAGUAGCAACUACCUACGCGGGGCGGCGCGCGCGCUGUGGCCGACCGCGGCUGAAAUGGCGCCGCUCUUGAGCAAGAAAAAGUGCGAAGUCGACGUCGAGCCGUGGGUCCGCUGCGGCAGCUGCGAUCGCUGGAUGCACCAAGUGUGCGCGCUCUUCAACGCUGUCGAAGACGCGUACGCGUCACCGCCCACGUCGUCCAGCAAUGCGUUUACGUGUCCGCUGUGCGAGCUCGCGGCCAAGCAAACGUCGACGACACCGUCGAUCGACUGCCGGAGUCUGCCCGAGUCGCCAUUGAGUAUCUUUUUGGAGCAGCGCUUGCGGGCAGCGAUUCCCACCGGCGACGCCGAUGCACUCUACGUACGCGAAUCGACGUUCGCGAACCACAAGUUCUUCAUGCCGCCGUCGAUCGUCGAGGCGUUCAAAAUGAACGCUGACGCGCUCCGUGCGGCGUGUCCGGACGCGGCGUCCGAAGCGCGCGAACUCCCGGUCCGCGUCUCGUUUGCGACCAAGUCGAUCUUCCUCUUCCAGAAGCAGCAAGGCGUCGACGUCUGCCUCUUUGCCAUGUACGUCCAAGAGUACAACGACGACUGCGAGCUGGUCGAGAACCGCCGGAGCGCGUACCUCGCCUACAUUGACAGCGUGCGGUAUCUCCAGCCGCCGUCGAUCCGGACGCUGGUGUACCACCGCGUCCUCCUUGGCUACUUUGACUAUGCGCGCCACCAUGGCCUCGACCGUAUUCACAUUUGGAGUUGUCCGCCGACGCGCAGUCAGUCGUACGUCUUCUGGUGCCACCCGACCUUCCAAAAAACGCCGAGCGUCGACCACCUCCGCGCCUGGUACAAGCGAGUGCUGCAAAAAGCCCAAGACGAACACAUCAUUGAUGGCUACACGACGCUCUACGAGCGGUACCUGGCGCCGCUCCAGUCCAAGUACGCAGCCAAAGCAGCGAAAGCCCCGGAAUUGCCGCCGCCGCCAACGACGCCAAGCGACAAGAGUGCAGCCAUUACGACCCGCCGCGUCUCGACCAAUACGCUGCUCACGGACAAGGACGAGUACCUCUGGCCGGCGCCUCUGCCGUUCUUUGACGGCGACAUUGUACCGUCCGAGCUCGACCGUGUCAUUCGGCAGCAAAAGUCCAAGAAGCGCAAGAAGAUCUGGGCCGCCGACGCACCGCUCUAUGACGACGAUGGGCUGCACCGCAUGCGCGACACGUUCACGAGCUUUCUCAGUGCCAUGAAGAUCGUCAAGGACGAUCUGCUCGUCGUCGACUUGGCGCCACCGACCGCACCGCUUGUGAUACCGUCGUUGUCGUCACCGCCGCGGUCGAUGAUGAUGCCGGCGUUCAUCGGGUCGCGGUUCUCGUUUCACCAGCUCAGUCUCCGCGCGUCGUACCAGUUUGACUCGCUCCGGCGCGCCAAGCACUCGACCAUGAUGCUCCUCCACCACAUGCUCAACGCCAGUGUGCCCCAAGUCAACGUCUUUUGCGCCGAGUGCGCACUCCUCCUGACGCACGCCGUCUACUGGCGCUGCACAACGUGUGCCGAGUACGCACUCUGCGACUGGUGCCACCUCUGUCACGGCGACCAGCACGCCCACAGGUUAGAGCGCGACGAGACGACGUCACGCGCCGACGACCACCUCUCGCUCGGCCUCUAAGAACUUACUAUUUUGCAGCUCGUUUGGCAUCCGUGUUGCAUAAGCUGGGUGCACGCAGUGUAAUGAGAGGCCACACAGCCCGUCCAUGCAACAUGAAACGUCCUCGCGGA